UGCUGCAGUCCCGGGACAAGAUGUUCUCCAAGUUCACCUCCAUCCUGCAGCACGCCGUGGAGGCGCUUGCACCUUCUCUUCCUUUACAAGAAGAUUUUGUUUACCACUGGAAAGCAAUUACCCAUUACUAUAUAGAAACUUCAGAUGAUAAAGCCCCGGUGACAGAUACAAAUAUUCCAUCUCAUCUGGAACAGAUGUUAGUUAUCUUAGUACAAGAAGAAAAUGAACGGGAAUUUGGAGAGACGGGGCCAUGUAUGGAAUAUUUACUUCAUCACAAGAUCUUGGAAACAUUAUAUACCUUAGGGAAAGCUGAUUGUCCUCCAGGAAUGAAACAACAAGUCCUGGUGUUCUAUACCAAACUUUUGGGGAAAAUCCGGCAGCCACUACUUCCACACAUUAAUGUGCACAGGCCAGUGCAGAAGUUAAUUCGACUAUGUGGUGAAGUCCUUGCAACACCAACAGAAAAUGAAGAAAUUCAGUUUCUCUGCAUUGUGUGUGCAAAGCUGAAACAAGAUCCCUAUUUGGUUAAUUUUUUUCUGGAGAACAAGUUUAAAUCACUGGCUUCCCAAGGAGGCCCAAAUGCAAUUUCAGAAGAUGUAUUAAAAGGUCAAGAUUCCUUGUCAACAGAUACAGGCCAGUCCUGUCAGCCAGAGGAACCGUCGGGUGCUUCUGGAACGGAGCACACAGACUUAGAAGAUGAGCCUUCUCGUCAGAUGGGUGACCUGUCCACGAGCUUGGAAAACCUCAGUGUCACUGAAUUGCCAGAGGCCACAGUUGUUCGUCCAAACCAGGAUUACAACCUAGUGAAUUCUUUGUUAAAUCUUACUAGAAGUCCUGAUGGCCGAAUAGCCGUGAAAGCCUGCGAGGGCUUGAUGCUCUUAGUGAGCUUGCCAGAGCCAGCUGCUGCCAAGUGCCUCACGCAGAGCACGUGCUUGUGCGAACUGCUCACCGACAGGCUCGCCUCCCUGUACAAGGCCCUACCUCAGUCAGUGGACCCCUUAGAUAUUGAAACAGUGGAAGCAAUUAACUGGGGCUUGGACUCAUAUAGUCAUAAAGAAGAUGCUUCAGCAUUUCCCGGAAAAAGAGCCUUAAUUUCAUUUCUCUCCUGGUUUGAUUAUUGUGAUCAACUCAUAAAGGAAGCACAAAAGACUGCUGCUGUUGCUCUUGCCAAAGCUGUUCAUGAAAGAUUUUUUAUUGGUGUUAUGGAACCUCAGCUAAUGCAAACUUCUGAGAUGGGUAUUCUGACAUCAACUGCUCUGCUCCAUCGCAUUGUUCGGCAAGUAACCUCCGACAUUUUGCUUCAAGAAAUGGUGUUUUUCAUCCUUGGAGAACAGAGGGAACCAGAAACUCUGGCAGAAAUUAGCAGACAUCCUUUAAGACAUAGGUUAAUUGAACACUGUGAUCACAUAUCUGAUGAGAUCAGCAUAAUGACAUUAAGAAUGUUUGAACAUCUUUUACAAAAACCCAAUGAGCACAUUCUUUACAAUUUGGUCCUAAGAAAUCUUGAAGAAAGAAACUAUACAGAAUAUAAACCUGUGUGCCCAGAAGAUAAAGAUGUAGUGGAGAAUGGAUUAAUAGCAGGAGCAGUAGAUCUGGAAGAAGAUCCCUUAUUUACUGACAUUUCACCAGAUAACACUUUGUCAAAUCAAGAGUGGCUUAGUUCCUCACCUCCUGCUACUCCAGACCACCCCAAAACCGAUGGGAAAACUGAAGUCCACAAAAUUGUAAAUAGUUUUCUCUGUCUGGUCCCAGACGAAGCAAAAUCGUCCUACCACGUGGAGGGCACUGGAUAUGACACCUACCUCCGAGACGCUCACAGGCAGUUCCGGGACUACUGUGCUAUCUGCUUAAGAUGGGAGUGGCCUGGCUCUCCAAAAGCAUUGGAAAGGUGCAAUUUAGAAGCAGCUUUCUUUGAAGGUCAUUUUUUGAAAGUCUUAUUUGACAGGAUGGGAAGAAUUCUCGAUCAGCCAUAUGAUGUCAACUUACAAGUAACGUCGGUGUUAUCCAGACUUUCUCUCUUCCCUCAUCCGCACAUACAUGAGUACCUCUUGGACCCUUAUGUGAACCUUGCUUCUGGCUGUAGGUCUCUAUUCUCUGUAAUCGUCAGGGUUGUUGGAGACCUCAUGGUUCGAAUCCAGCGUAUUCAAGACUUUACUCCCAAGCUUCUACUAGUCAGAAAGCGAUUACUUGGUCUGGAACCUGAAGGACCUGUGAUUGACCACAUCACCUUGUUGGAGGGUGUGAUUGUGCUGGAAGAGUUCUGUAAGGAGCUGGCGGCUAUCGCCUUUGUGAAAUACCACGCAGCCUCCACACCCUAAACAGCAUCUUUCAAGUAACCAGGGGAACAGUAUGAUCAUGUACAUUUCAUCAAAAAAGCCUCAGUUCCACCCAGCCACGUGACAAUAAAAAGCCUUUUUAAACGAAGCAUUGCUGUAAACUGGACAGAACCGUUCAGAACCCACUAAGUGGAUGCUCUCAGUACAGUGUUGUGUGAUGUUGUUUUCACUGGCUUUAUCAUAAUGGUUCUGUAUAUAAAGUUGCACGUCCUUGAAUCCAGGAUACAAUCAGAGGAACUUCAGGAAAUAAGCAUUUCUGAAUGCCUGUGUGAAAGCUGCAAAGUUUCUGAUGUCAUGACUUUGAUGAUAUUUCUGUUAAUCUAAUAUCCUUUUAGGUAGCAAGGCCUUUUGGCAUUCUUUGGGACUCAAGUGCUUACAUUCUUUUGGAUUAACA